AUGGCAACCGUAGUGAUUCUCCGCAAAAACUAUUUACUGAUUCGAUUAGCAUCUUUAAUAUCGUAUAGAAAUCAAUCUACAAAACUUAAAAAUUCAUCGUGGAUUUAUCAUCACAAUUGGUUCACAGUCGCUACCAGUAAAUUAAUACAUAGAAAUGCUCUUUCUACGCAACCGGAUAAAGACAUAAAACCGAACUAUUCCUUUAAAACUGUUAAUUAUUUGAUUAGUACUGGUAUUAAUAUCGCAAUUUUAGAGAAAUCAUGUAGUUCACUGCUAAGCUAUGAUGUAAACCAAGUACGAAAUAAUUUUACAUGUUUAAAAAAUCUUGGUAUUAGCACUGCCGACUUGAUUUCAACUAUUGAAUCAACCCCUUGGUUAUUAACACUUGGAGAAAACAGAUUAAAAAGGAGCAUCCAAUUUUGGCAAGAUUUUGGACUUUAUGAAGAAAAUCUAAAUAAUAUGAUUAUCAAAGCACCUCAGAUACUAUUACAAGGCAUAGAGACUGAAAUUAAACCGAAAUUAAAUAUUUUACUAUCACUAAUAAAACAAAGGCGGGUCAUAAUUCAUUUAAUUCAAUUACAGCCUUCGCUGUUUAGUUUUACAUUAUCAGACGUAGAAAUGAGAAUAGAUUGGCUAGCUAGUUUAGGAUUUAAAGAGCAUGAUAUUGGCUCCAUCAUUAGAAGAUUACCUAGCUUUCUAAUUAAAAAUUUCGACACUAUACAAAGUUCUGUCGAGUGGCUAAGAUCUGAUGAUUACAGCUAUAAAGAAAUUAGGGCAAUCAUUAACGAAUAUCCUGGCAUACUCCGACGUGAUGUUCAAGUCAUGAAAGAUACCAAAACCUUUAUUUUGAAAACUGGUUAUACCGAUGAAGAAUUUAAGUCUCUUAUACUAACUUUUCCGACUUUAUUAAGUUUCAGUCUUUCGUCUCUGCAAGAUAGAUUUCAAUUUGCUCACGAUACCCUCAAAUGCAGUUUGGACGAAAUUAAAGAAACACCUGCUAUAUUUACAUGCAACUUUAAUAAGAUAAAAUUACGUUAUCAAUUUUUGCAAUCAGUCGGUAGAAGUGAUGAAGUUAUACUAAAACAACUUAUUUUAGCUAGUGAUAGACGAUUCGUUAGACAGGAAGCUGAAAGCAACAUGAGCAUUUUCCUCACCUUUUUACGAAAUCAUUAA